UGCAAAGUUCCAUCAUUCGAAAGCCACAGCAAGGCGCAGCGCCACUGAAGUUCUAGAGCAGCAAACAAUCCCCACCGAGUGCUCUCGGAGCUCCCCACGGCCGCUAUGGCGUCUCCUCCGGGCCCGCGAGCCCACCGCCCGGUCUCCUCCUCGAGGGGCCCGCUCUCGCCGUUCCCAGCCGCGGAAGCCCAGUUCCCCUCCCGCGCCGCCGCCGCCGCCGGUCCCUUCCUCCGGCAGCACCACCUUCCCGUUGGCGACUCCGAUGGCGGCGACUCCGUGGACGAGUUCGACGAAGACGAGGACGGCAUGGACGACGAAGACGAGGAAGAGGAGGACCGCGCCGAGCUGGUGGGCCGCGCGGCUGCCGGCAGCUCGCAGCAGCGCCGCGGCUCCUUUCCAGCAGGAAUCAGGCAGACGACGAUUGGGGAGAAUGGAGUGAGGCAAAUCCAAGCGGAGCAGCAAUGGCAGCACAGCCAGAUGUAUAACUGUGGAACGCCGCAAUAUGGGCAGGCUUCGUCUAGAGGGGACGAAGAGCCUGGUUCCAUCCCCAGGGAAAUGAGAGUGGAGGAUGGGUAUGGAGUUAUUGGAAGAAGAGAAGGAGGCCCUGCAUCUAGCUAUUGGGACCUUCUCAGAGCACACCUCUCUGAUCCGCUAACAGGUAUUCUCAUGGACGAUGCAACGAUUCUAUCAUGUGGCCAUUCUUAUGGAAGUAAUGGGAUGCAGCAUAUCUACAGAAUGAAAGCUUGUGGCAAAUGUGGCCAGCCUAUUACCGAGAACUCCAUUCGACCAAACUUGGCCCUUCGCCUUGCAGUUCAGGCAUUUAGACGCGAGGAAGAGUCAGCAAAAACAUUGAAAAGACGAAGAGAUCGCCUUGAACAGGUAUGCACUUUUUUUCCAGCUUAUGAAUCAACGUUUGAACAAAUGCAUGGUUUUGAUCUCGCCGCCGCCAUGGAGAGGGAGCUGCUGGAGACGUUCGAGGCGGCCAAGAAGGCGGCCGACGCCGUCGCGGAGGACGCCGGCUCGCCCGAGGCCGACCGCUGCCUCGACGCGCUGCGCCGGCUGCGCGCCUUCCGCGUCACCACCGAGGUCCUCGUCUCCACGCAGGUUGGCAAACGUCUUCGUUAUCUUACUAAGCACCCUCACUCAGACAUACAGGCGAUGGCUACAGACCUUUUUGGGUACUGGAAGAAGAUUGUUAUUGAAGAGACAGGGAAGAAAAACGGCACAUCAGCGAAUGAAAAACUAGAUAACUCUGCAGCUAGGCUUGAGAAGUCUCAGUCCAUGAAGGCUGAAAGGAACUCUACCUCAGAAAAGCUUGAGAAAUCUCAGUCCAUGAAGGUUGAAAAGAAUUGUACCUCAGCAAAUGUGAAGGUUGAAAAGAAUUCUACAUCAGCAAGUGUGAAGGUUGAAAAGAAUUCUACAUCAGCAAGUGUGAAGGUUGAAAAGAAUUCUUCUUUGGCAAGUGUGAAGAUUGAGAAAAAUGAUUUGGAUAUUAGGGUCCAGAAAUCUGAUGUCAAGGUUGAGAAAAUUGCAAAUAAUGAUUCCAAAGUUAAGGUAGAGAUGGUUUCAAAGGAUGUUAGUAGAACUCUUGACACAAAGAAGUCAUCUUCUGUUCCAAACGGUCCUCCCAGGCUGACAUCACUUGUCAGAUGCAAUGAUGCUGCACGAGAUAAAUACCGGGAGCUUCUUGCAGAGGCCUUCUUCAAGGUUUCCAAAGAAACUAGCAAGGAUGACAGAGAGGAAGUGAGGAACCUCUUAGAUGAAGUAAAUGCAUGUGACCCAUAUAGAGUGUCUGUUACAGUGGAAUCUGCGCUGUUUGAGAGACUAGGACGUUCCACCGGGGCUCACAAGGCUAAAUACAGAUCAAUACUGUUCAACUUGAAGGCUGAUAACAACCCUGAUUUCCGGCGAAGGGUUCUGUUGGGUGAAGUGAGGCCUGGGAGGCUUGUUGACAUUUCACCUGACGAGAUGGCCAGUGAUGCGAGGAAGCUGGAGAAUAAGCAGAUCAAGGAAAAGGCUCUGUUUGAUUGUGAGCGUGCAGGAGCACCAAAGGCGACGACUGACCAGUUCAAGUGCGGGAGAUGUGGCCAGCGGAAGACGACUUACUACCAGCUGCAGACUCGGAGUGCUGAUGAGCCGAUGACAACAUUUGUGACGUGCGUGAACUGCAACAACCACUGGAAGUUCUGCUAAGCACUGUUAGAAUGUUUGUCCUGUUAGCAAUGUCAUUCGUAUGUGACAGGCAUUUCUGUCUCAAUUUUCCAGACGCUAGGAGCCUGUUCCAGUUUUCUUUUCUUUCUUUAUGGACCUGAUUUUCUUUUUCAGAAUGUACUAGUUUGACUGCAUAAAUGUUGUUGGCUUAAUUGAUGUUACCUGCUGUAAUCUUAUAAGGAGAUUGUCCUAUGUUAGUAAAGUAGAAGAAGAAAAGAUCAUGAUGAGUCGAUGAUGAUAGCUGACGAGUUCUCUGCUCAUCAUGCGGUGUACUACAAUGUAGCCUGUCUGUACUAUGGUGCUGUUGAAUUCGUACUGAUGCCCGUGCUAAAA